UGUGUUAGUAGACAUUGUACCUAAAUAUCCCAGACGAGUACGAAAAAGACGGGAAUAUAGGCAUGAUGCAUCUGCAUCGUUGGAAAAGCCAAGCAAUCUAUUAAAACGCAAAGUGAGAAACUGGAUGUGUGUGUUGGUGUGUUGGAGCCAGUGGAACAGUGGAAGAGAACAACACCAGGGGUAACGAGGGGUCCGUUAACCCGUAAAAAAUCUAAGCUAAAAAUUUACCUUUUUUUUUAGUCAAUAUUAUUUAAAAAAAAUCUUCGUUGAUAAAAUCUAAGUAACAAAUAAAAUAAUGUAAAAAGUGCUUAUAUAUUUUAAUAUCGAAUUUAAAAGUAUAGUCUGGAGUCUGAGUAUAGUGGUGAGGCCGUUAGAUUUUUCAGUGUGUACAUGUCAAGUGUUGGCUGUGUGUACUGUGUAACUGUGUGUGUAACUGUGCAGAGUAUUAAGAAUAAAGUAUAUUGCUGGCUGGCUUGCUAACUUACUAAAAAAUCUUCGGAUAACGUGUUUUUUUUUUUUAUUUUAUUUUACUUUUUUAAUCCAAGCUAAAUAUUGGUCAUGCUUCAAUUACCUUCGGAAUAUUGUCGACAAAGAAAAUUGCUGUAAUUAUCAAGAAGAAAUAAAAUAAAAUAAUAUUAACAAUAAUUAUUAUUAUAAAUAAUAAUAAUAAUAAUAAUAAUAAUAAAUUGAGAAAAAGUUAACAAAAGGAGUGAAUAUAAAUAAACAUGUCAAGUCACCGAGGAAGCGGAGGCAGCCAUCAAGCUGGACCACCUGGACUGAAGCAAAUAGACUUGGACCAGAUCUGGGGAGAUCUUAGAGAAGGAAUCGAGCAAGUGUACAACCGACAGUGCAUGUCCAAGCCUCGGUACAUAGAGCUGUACACUCAUGUCUACAACUACUGCACCAGUGUCCACCAGCAGGUCAGCAGAACGUCUACAAAGCUCAAAAAGGGACACGCUUCGGGUGGUGCUCAGCUCGUUGGACUGGAGCUGUACAAACGCCUGAGAGACUUUCUGAGGAAUUAUUUGAUCAGUUUGUUAAAACAUGGCAUUGAUCUGAUGGAUGAAGAUGUCUUGCAAUUCUACACUCGCCAGUGGGAAGAGUAUCAGUUUAGCAGCAAGGUUCUUAAUGGAGUCUGUGCGUAUUUAAAUCGCCACUGGGUUCGCAGGGAGUGCGAGGAAGGCAGGAAAGGAAUUUAUGAGAUUUAUCAGCUUGCUCUUGUUACUUGGAGGGAUAAUUUGUUUAAGCAUCUUAAUAGACAGGUUACAAAUGCAGUAUUGAAAUUAAUCGAACGAGAACGCAACGGUGAAACAAUAAACACACGUUUAGUAAGCGGCGUAAUAAACUGUUACGUAGAGCUGGGUCUUAACGAAGAGGAUCCAUCAGCCAAGGGCCAAAAUCUGACAGUAUACAAAGAUUCAUUUGAGAAUGUAUUUCUGGAGGACACUGAGCGCUUCUACACCCGGGAGAGUGUCGAGUUCCUGCGCCAAAACCCAGUAACAGAGUACAUGAAGAAAGCCGAGCAGAGACUGUCGGAAGAGCAGAAGCGCGUGCAAGUGUAUCUCCAUCAGACGACGAACGAGCGGCUGGCUAAGACAUGCGAGCGCGUGUUGAUAGAAAAACACCUGGACAUAUUUCACGCAGAGUUCCAGAAUUUGCUGGACUCUGACAAAAAUCCCGAUCUGGGCAGAAUGUAUUUAUUGGUCGCGAGGAUACCCAAUGGGCUUGGAGAGCUCCGUAAUUUAUUGGAGUGUCACAUUGCCAAUCAAGGUCUGGCAGCUAUUGACAAGUGCGGUGACACUGCAGCUAAUGAUCCAAAAAUUUAUGUUAAUACUAUUUUAGAAGUACACAAAAAAUACAAUGCACUUGUUUUAGUCGCGUUUAAUAAUGACAGCGGAUUCGUCGCUGCUCUGGAUAAAGCUUGCGGAAGAUUUAUAAAUAGUAAUUCAGUGACCAGAGCUGCUAACAGCAGCAGCAAGUCUCCGGAGUUGUUGGCCAAGUACUGCGACUUGCUGUUGAAAAAAAGCAGCAAAAAUCCAGAAGAAGCUGAGCUUGAGGACACGUUGAACCAGGUCAUGGUUGUGUUUAAGUACAUUGAAGACAAGGAUGUCUUCCAGAAAUUCUACAGCAAGAUGCUGGCCAAGAGGCUCGUGCAGCACAUGUCUGCCAGCGAUGAUGCUGAAGCUUCUAUGAUUUCCAAGUUGAAGCAGGCUUGCGGGUUCGAAUACACUUCUAAACUCCAGAGGAUGUUCCAGGAUAUUGGCGUGUCCAAGGAUCUCAAUGAGGCUUUCAAGAGACAUCUCACUAAUUCUGCUGAACCGCUGGAUAUUGAUUUUAGCAUUCAGGUUCUGUCGUCUGGGUCUUGGCCUUUUCAGCAAUCUUUCACUUUCUCGCUGCCGACUGAGCUGGAGCGCUCGGUCCAUAGAUUUACAACAUUCUACAGCUCCCAACACAGCGGUCGAAAAUUAAACUGGCUUUACAACAUGUCCAAGGGAGAGCUGCACACUAAUUGUUUCAAGAACAGAUAUACUUUGCAGGCAUCAACGUUUCAAAUGGCGGUAUUGUUGCAAUACAAUGCAGCAACCUCAUGGACAAUUCAGCAGCUUCACGACGCUACUCAAAUUAAAAUGGACUUUUUGUUACAAGUCAUUCAAAUACUGUUAAAAGCUAAGCUACUAACUGCUCCCGUUGACGAUGAGGCUGAACUUACUCCACUGUCAUCUGUUGAAUUAUUCACCGGCUACAAAAAUAAAAAAUUACGAGUUAAUAUUAACAUACCAAUGAAGACGGAGCUUAAAAUUGAACAGGAAACAACACAUAAACACAUUGAAGAAGACAGGAAGUUACUGAUCCAAGCAGCUAUUGUACGGAUCAUGAAGAUGCGGAAAGUAUUGAAACAUCAACAGCUUGUUGCUGAAGUAUUAAAUCAAUUGAGUUCAAGAUUCAAACCGAGAGUACAUGUUAUUAAAAAAUGUAUAGAUAUUUUGAUUGAAAAAGAGUAUCUGGAACGGACCGAAGGACAAAAGGACACCUACAGUUAUUUGGCAUGAUUUAUUACUACUAUUAUUGUUUGUUUAAAUCAACAACGAUUAAAAACAAUAACUAAAAUAAUA